AUAAGCUAACAGAGGUUCAAAUUGGCUCAACAAAACUUUGGCCCAUCACCGGAAAGAAAAAACAAGGCCUGAAUUUGUUGCUGAAGGAGAUUGGAAGCAAAUGAUGGAGUAUUGGGGAACUGCAAAAAAAUUUUCUGAAAAAAGUGAAAAAAGCAAAAAAAGUCGGGCCUCUGAGAAAGCAAAAGAAAGACAGUAUCACGGUGGUUCAAUUUCUGUUUCUGAACAUGAAGAGAGAAUGGAGAAGAAAGACAAGAAAAAGCCUAGCAGGAUAGAGGUCUUGAAGCAUUGCUUCACUUCUCAAGAUGGGGAGCUAUUGGAACUGAGAAGUCCGGAUCCGGAGAAGUCCGGAUCCGGAAAAGAUUUGUAUUCCUUGUCUAUUUUGGAAUCAUCCUCUCCUAUAAAUAAAGGAGAAACCCCUUGUAAUAAAACAGAACAAUUGAAUAUACAGAAUAUUUUCCCUCUUAUCAAAUUCUUCAUGGUAUCAGAGCAAGAUUCCUAGGAAAACCCUAAUCUAGACAAAUGACGGUCCAUCACCGCCGCCGGAAUUUCCUUCUCGACCGUCGACAUGGCAGAAGUAGAAGAAAAUCUCGUCGGCAAGCUCUUCGAAGAGGAAGAGAAGAUCCCUACGAAGGGAAGUUCUUACGAACUCAAGAACGCAGACACACCUGGAUUAAUUAUCACCCAAGUCAAACUAAACGGUGAUAAUUAUG